UAUCAUCCUCUUUCCGUAAUACUUUUAAACGGGAUUAACUUUCGGCAAAGCUUGUGAACCAAAAUAUAAGUACCAGAUCCUGUUUAGCCAAUUCUUAAGUAGGGAGUAAUUGUUUUACACAUGUUUAAACCAGAGAUAAAUUUUGAAGUUCCUCUCGUUCCCAUUGUUGGGGAUGAUUUCUGCUUCCCUUACCUUGUGAACCUAAAUGUGAAGAAGAAAAUUCUUGGAAUUUCACAUAUAAAUAUCGAUGUAUUGGAUGAUAUUGGAAUUUCUCUUCUUCAAGGUAAUGGAAAAGUUUGGCAUCUCAGAAAGAAGAAAAGGAUCAUUUGUGAUCCAGCUGGUUUACCCAUCCUUACUCUGCGCGAAAAGUCACUUUCAUGGCAUAAUACUUGGAAAGUUUAUCGAGCCGGGAGUUUAGAUAGGAAUGAUCUGCUCUACACAGUUAAAAGAUCAAGCCCAAUUCAAAUGAAAAUGCAACUUGAUGUGUUCUUGGCCAGCAAUAUCAGUGGAGAGAUCUGUGAUUUCCAUGUAAAGGGCGCUUACACCAAUCAGUCUUUCAAAGUUCACAAAGGGGACACAUUGAUAGCUGAGGUGAAAGAGAGAUUCAAACUUGGAAGCUUCUUCAAAGGAAAAGAAAAUUUUGAACUAAGAGUAUAUCCUGGUGCGGAUUAUGCUUUUAUUGUCUCAAUAUUGAUAAUAUAUAAUGAAAUAUACGGGGAAUCGUAGGAGUUUAUGUCUCUACACUUAACAAAUUGGCUGGUUUCUUGGCCCCUUUCUCUUAAUGUACAUAUGUGUCAAAAAAAAACCACUGGAAAGAGAGGAAUUUAGCCUUUUUUGAUGUCUAUAAAUAUGUAGAUCAGUUUUUCUCUACUUAAUUUGGUUGAACUGAAAGUGUA